CUGAUAGACGGCACUGACUGGCAUCACUGCUGGGCACUGACUGGCGACACUGAAUGGCACAACCGCUGGACACUGACUGGUGGCACUGACUGGCAGCACUGCUGGGCUGCACUGGUGGGUGGCACUGGUGGGUGGGCACAGGUGGGUGGCACUGGUGGGUGCACUGCUGGGCACAGGUGGGCGGAACUUGCGGGUGGCACUGCUGGCCACCGAUCAUCAGGGCACUGAUCAUCAGUGCCCUGAUGAUCGGUGCCGAUCCUCGCUCUGACAACUGCCGGUUUCUCGGCAGUACUUUCCUCACGAUCUGACAGCGUGAGGAAAGUGCAGCCGAGAACCGGCACUUGCAU